AUGCCUUUGAUUCUUUUUGUGCAGGGCGUGAAUCUCGCUCUGCCACUUGCAAAGCCUCCAACAGAAAAAAAGCCUCAAAAGGUCAAUUUCAAAUUUGAACUGGCAGAAAAUAAGGCGGUGCCCUGUGACAUCCCAGCAGCAAGAAAGACAAGUGGGUUCACCUUGUACAACAGUACAUGCCCAUGUUACAAGUGUAAUAGACAUUUCCCUUGCUUGGAAAAUGGUGUCAAUGUUGACUUUUGUGGGUUUGACUUUCCUCAGUGGGUGCUUCGUGACAGUUUGCAGUUGCAUCGCCUUAGAUACCUUGAUCUAGUAUGUAAAACGAUCAUUGAUUCCAUGCAUAAUUUAUUCCUGGAAACACCCAAAAGAUUGAUUGAUCAUUGGAUCAAAGAUGAAGACAUUCAAGAUGGCGAUUUUGCGGCAAUGCAGAAGACUGCAGAAACAAUGAUUGUGUCUGGUAGAUAUAUCUCGUUGAACUCAAAAAUAGGAGAGCAAUUUUCGUAUAUGAAGGCAGACGAGUGGAAGUCAUGGGUGCUCGUAUACUCGCCAGUUCUGUUGAAAGAUGUUCUUGCAAAAGACAGAUUCGAAAACUGGAUUAACUUUGUUGAUACAUGCCACCUGUUGGUCAAGCCAACGAUCACGUUCGAUGAAGUCAACACUGCCCAUCAAUGUGAUGAGCUGUACAACGCCGAAAUCCUCACCUGUAAUAUGCACCUACACCUCCAUCUUCGAGAUACAAUUCGUGAUUUUGGACCAGUGUAUGGUUAUUGGCUAUUCGGGUUUGAGCGGUUUAAUGGGUUGUUAAAAAAUUUGAAGACAAACAGGAAGAUCGGGUUUGAAGAAACAUUUAUGAAGAAAUUUAUUGAAGAUGUGCACAAAGACGAUCUUGUCAACAGUUUCCUUCAGAGUACCCGCCAGACAUCUGCAUUUCCUCUCCUUACCAAACUCACUUCUUCCUUUACACUCGCCACCAUUCCAUCCAUCCAUCAACGUACCUUCCGCAUACAGUCAUUUGUCGAGGCUUCUGAAGAUCCAAAUGUACUUGUAAAAGGCAACGAACCUCUCCCUCCUUCCGCAUUCCCUCUAUCAUUAAAAUCUGCUACCACAAUGAGUGACAUUCACUAUGUUCAUCUCUUACAAUACUACAAAGUUGCGUACAAGAAUGAACAAUUAGUUCACUUUCAACAAGCAUCGGAAUCACCAUACUUUGUUGACAAUACAAUCACCCUGCUGAAAUACAUCAACAUCCUUGGGCAGGUCUACAAGGGUAAAGGUGAAUCUGGAAGUCGUGGCUCUCUUGUACAAGCAAAGUUCAUUGGAAGUACUGGUGAGCAUAUCAUUGCAUACACGGGUCAAAUACAGUACAUUUUUACUCAUUCGUUCACUCUUUCACCCUCCUCUUCAUCUCUUGCCCCUUUGCUCUGCACCCAUCGCUGCCCAACGCAACUCCUUCACAAUUCUCAACAUACUUUUGCAUUUAUCAAAUGGUACACACCCAAAAACAAUAAAUGGCGAGAGUACAAACACAUUGAAAUCUGCUUUUCAACAUUUUCUCCUGACGAUUUCCAAUUUGUAUUGCCCAUGCAUAAAAUUAUAUUAGAAGUAGCAACUGCUGAGCAUACAACAUGCAAAAAAGUAAAAAAGAUUCUGAUUAUUCCUUUGCCAAAAAAAAACAAUACAUUUAAAAAAUAA